AUGGAGAAGAACAAGGAAGAGCUUGAUGGUAGAAGCUUAAUAGACUUGGUGUUCUCUUGGUCUCUUGGGGAUGUUCUCAAUAAAGAUCUUUACAAAAAUCAGGUUAAAAGGAUCCCAGAAACAUUCUCGUCAGUGACAGAUUACAAGAAGUCAUUCGUUCCUUCAUUAAUUGAGGAAACACAUGCUGAUUUGUUUUCGAACAUAACAGCGCUGUCUCAAGCACCCACUUGUGAAAUAGAAUAUGUUGAAACAUCUAAAGCAUUUAAACCUCCCAAAGGCUUGUUUUAUGAAAUUACAUUAGAGAGCAUAAAAGAUUCUGAGUUGAAGAAAGCAAAAGAUACUGAGAAAGAUGAAGGAAAAUAUGAACCCGAGGCUGGUGAUCUUAUUGCCUUAACAUAUGUUAAACCAAAAUGCAUUGAUGAUUUGAACAGGCCCAAAAGAUUCUAUCUUAUAGCCUAUGUUCUUCGGCCAAGAGACUUAGAGACAGAUGAGUUUAGUACGGUAUCGAUACUGGCAUCAAAGCCCAUUUUAACUGGUGAGGAAUACAUGCAUAAUUACGAGAAAGGAAAACUUUUUGCAGUUUAUCUUAUGAAUAUGAUUACAAAUGUUCGUAUAUGGAAAGCACUACACCCAGAAAGGGGGAACACAAACAUUAUUAAAACAGUACUGCAAGCCAAUUCAGCUGAUGAUGAAAAUUGUUUGACUUGCUUUUCUAAAGGAAAAAACUGUCUUGCCCCUUCUAAUCUACGGGAUAGGAUCAGCUCUUAUAAUCUAAAUGGCUCUCAAGAAGCUGCGGUUUUAAGCUGCAUUGGUAUGAGAUAUUGCAAUCAUCAGAAUCCUAUCAAACUGAUAUGGGGCCCUCCAGGGACCGGGAAAACAAAGACCGUUGGUGUCUUAUUACAUGCCCUCCUUAAAGUGAGGUGCAGAACAUUAACAUGUGCUCCAACUAACAUUGCGGUUUUGGAAGUUGCAACGCGGCUGCUGAGCUUGGCUAGGGCUUCGCAAGAGUAUGACCCAUACAGGCUUGGAGAUAUAGUUUUAUUUGGGAAUGGUAAGCGAAUGAAGAUUUAUGAUCGUUUUCAUCCAAAUAAAAGAAUGAAGUUUGGUGAACGUAAAGAUCUUCUGGAUGUAUUUCUCGACUAUCGUGUUGAUGUGCUUUUGAAGUGCUUUGCUCCUCUAUCUGGCUGGAGAAAUGGCUUAGAAUCAAUGGUUUCUUUGCUUGAUGACCCGAAAUCGCAGUACGAAAUAUACUUGGAAAAAAAAGAAGAUGAAAAAAGACAGGACGAUGAUGAUGAUCCUUUGACGUUUGAGAAGUUUUUAAAGAAGAGAUUUUGUUCAAUUCAUGAGCAACUGAAGUUUUGUAUGGUUAAUUUGUAUACUCACUUACCAACUUCUCUAUUACCCUUAGAGGUAGUGAAAAUGAUGAGAAGAGCUCUGACUUUGCUUAAAUCUCUUGAAACUUUGUUGCAUGGUGUUAGUGUAGCAAAUGAAGGGUUAUUACAAGUUUUCAAUAAUUUUGAAGACUUAGGAAGCAGUUUGGGUUGCCUUGCAAAGUUGAGUAUGAGAAAUGAAUCCCUUCAGAUACUGAGAUAUUUGACCUUAUCUCUUGAAUCUUCUAUUCCAGAUUUAACUUUUGACGAAUCGAUAAAAAACUUUUGCUUGGCAAAUGCAUGCCUAUUGUUCUCUACUACAUCAAGCUCUGCUAAAUUAUACAGUACUGAAGGAAGCAUGGAAUUUUUGGUUAUCGAUGAAGCUGCUCAGCUUAAAGAAUGUGAAUCAGCUAUUCCUUUACAGCUAUCUGGCGUCCGCCAUGCUAUUCUCAUAGGGGAUGAGAGGCAGCUCCCUGCAAUGGUUAAAAGCGAGAUAUCCGAGAAGGCUGAAUUUGGAAGAAGUUUGUUCGAAAGACUGGUCAUGUUGGGGAGCCAGAAGCACCUUCUUGAUGUCCAGUACAGGAUGCAUCCAUCCAUCAGCUUAUUUCCAAACAGAGAGUUCUAUGACAAACAGAUUUUAGAUGCUCCAAAGGUUAAAGAAAGAGACUAUGAGAAGCGUUUCCUUCAGGGCAACAUGUACAGCUCCUACUCCUUUAUAAACGUAGUUCAUGGAAAGGAGGAAUUUGGUCUCGGGCACAGUCCCAAGAAUAUGGUUGAGGUUGCUGUGGUCUCUGAGAUAGUUGACAAUCUUUUUAAACAAUUCCUUAACACAAAGAAGAAUGUUAGUAUAGGAGUGAUAUCACCGUAUAAGGCUCAAGUUUUUGCAAUUGAAGAGAGGGUCAAAAAAUACAGCAAGUCUGGUAGUGGCUUCAGUGUGAGUGUUCGCUCUGUUGAUGGGUUCCAAGGAGGUGAGGAUGAUGUAAUAAUUAUCUCUACUGUAAGAUGUAAUGGGAAUGGAUCAGUAGGUUUCCUUUCCAACCGAAAAAGAGCAAAUGUGGCACUAACCCGAGCAAGGUAUUGCCUUUGGAUUUUGGGGGAUGGGGUGACUCUACAAAAGAGUGGCUCUGUUUGGAAGAAACUAGUCCUCGAUGCCAAGGAACGUGGGUGUUUCUAUGAGUCCAAUGAGGACAAGAGCUUGGCUCAGGCAAUUAUUGCUGCCUUGGUGGAGCUUGGAGAGCUUGAUAUUUUACUUAAUAAUGACUCUCUACUUUUCAAAGAGGCUAAAUGGAAGGUUUUCUUCGACAUUGAUUUCCAGAAAUCUAUAGCGAGGACUAGCAAUGCAAAGAUUCGUAAGGAAGUGAUUUCUCUUUUGGAAAAGCUUUCAAGUGGUUGGCGCGAGCCCAAUGAGGAGAGAAAAAUCAUUGUCCAUGAUGAGACUUGUUCUCAACUUUUAGAGACAUACAAGGUCGAUGGGCAGCUGUAUCUAGUUUGGACUGUAGAUAUUCUCAAGGAGGAUUCAUAUCACAUUCAGGUUAUAAGGGUUUGGGAUGUUGUGCCGUUUUCUGAUAUACCAAGACUAGCAAAGCAUCUUGACAUCUUAUUUGGGAGCUGUACAGUGAAUAAGAUGCGUCGCUGCAAACACAGAUGUAAUGAGGGGAACUUAGUUGUUCCAAUGAGAUGGCCAGUGGACUCAAGUAGUUGUCCAGAUCCUGAUAGUGUGUGGCACCUCACAAAACCGCUAUCCUCACUCAGUCUGAGGGAUGAGCCAAAAACAUCAACUGCAACUCCUAGAUUUUCAGCAGCAAGGUUUGGCAAUUCCAGCAGUGAGGGGAUGCAGAGAAAUUACAGUUGGUGGUAGGAACCCAAGUUGAUGUUUGAACAAAAGCCACAACUGGAGAUAAAUCAAAAGUAUUGAUGCUUAGGUUCCCCUUUUGGGUUCCUCCCACACUUUAAUCUUGUAAGUAUCUAUGCAAUGGUUU